UUUACCAAAGCUAAUAAGCACCUAAGAUUCUUAGUUUUUUCACUUAAUAUCACCAUAUAGUUGCAUGUUCAAGAUGAGUAUUUCAGCCAACUCAUUUGCAGCCAUUGCUGCUAUAUUUUCUCUUCUGCUGCUCUCUAGCAUGCAAUGCCAUGCGCAAUUUUCUUCCACAUUCUAUGAUCGCACUUGCCCUAAUGCUCUAACCAUGAUUCGUACAAGUGUUAGACAAGCUGUUUCACGAGAACGUCGCAUGGCUGCAUCCCUUAUUCGCCUUCAUUUUCAUGAUUGCUUUGUUCAGGGUUGUGAUGCUUCUAUCUUACUUGAUGAGACCCCUACGAUUGUCAGUGAGAAAACGGCAUUGCCAAAUCUUGGGUCAGCUAGAGGCUAUGGUAUUAUAGAAGAUGCAAAAAGGGAGCUUGAGAAAACAUGUCCAGGAAUUGUAUCAUGCGCAGAUAUACUUGCAGUUGCUGCUAGGGAUGCAUCCACUCUAGUUGGAGGUCCAUCAUGGGCAGUGAAACUCGGAAGAAGAGAUUCAACCACUGCAAGUCAUGCUCUUGCAGAAACUGAUCUUCCUGGUCCUUUUGAUCCUCUAGAUAGGCUUAUUUCUGGCUUUGCCAACAAGGGUCUUAAUACAAGGGACAUGGUUGCUUUAUCAGGAGCACAUUCAAUAGGUCAAGCGCAAUGCUUCCUUUUCCGUGAUAGGAUUUAUAGUAAUGGAACAGACAUCGAUGCUGGAUUUGCUAGCACUAGAAGACGUAGGUGUCCUCAAGAAGACCAAAAUGGAAACUUAGCUCCACUUGAUUUGGUUACACCCAAUCAAUUAGAUAACAACUACUUCAAGAACUUGAGGCAAAGAAAAGGUCUUCUUCAAUCGGAUCAAGUCCUCUUGAGUGGUGGAUCCACUGAUAAUAUUGUUUUGGAAUAUAGCAAUAGUCCUCGAGCAUUUGCCUCUGAUUUCGCGGCUGCCAUGAUUAGAAUGGGAGAUAUCAGUCCCCUAACUGGUCAAAAUGGGAUCACAAGAACUGUUUGUGGAUCUAUAAAUUGAUUUUUCCUAAGCUAGCUUACUACUUGUAUGAUUGUUAAGUGUAUUUGUAUUCAUUUGAUUCUUUCCCUAUGUAUUGUUUAAGAAUAAAAUAAAUUCUUCGUUGUGCUCCUUUACUAAGAUUUCUUUGAAAUAUUUCAAAUCGUCAAUGGUCAAUACCGACUGUUGCCAAUGUAUUCGGUAAUAGGGGUAUUAAUUAGGUGUUUUUCGGAUUUUUCUAGUACGCUGCCUUUACAAAGAUUUCUUUCCUUUUCUUAUUACUGUUUUUUUCUCCUUUUCUGUUCUGGAAAAAUGGUGCUAGGUGUAACUCUGAAUCUUUUUUUUUUUCUAUUGUACAUUGACCUCACAUAUUGGUCGUGGGUUGAAAACGAGAAUUAAACUCUGUGAGAUUGAAUUUGUUGUUAUUCCUCAGCAACUCAGUGAUAGAGCGGUUUGUUGUUAACCAAUUGAUUGUAGAUUACUUCAGGAGAAUUGAUUGAUUUUGAAUUCUUUAGUUUAGGAUGAAGGGACUCGCUUUGCCUAUUAAUUAAGAGUAGGUAUCCCAGUUUGUCUUUGUUUUUAAUGCAUUGUAUUUCAUCUUUUCUCAUUCUAUUCUGCUAGAUUAGAAAAU